AUGAUCGUUGUUCAAAACUUUAUCUUCUUCUUCUUCUUCUUCUUCUUCUUCUUCUUCUUCUUCUUCUUCUUCUUCUUCUUCUUCUUCUUUAUGGAAAAUGUUAAUUUAUUCAAUGUCUCUUUCGGGGUAAAGGUUAAUUUGUCGAAUGUCUCUUUCGGGGUAAAGGUUAAUUUGUCGAAUGUCUCUUGCGAGGAAAAGGUUAAUUCGUCGAAAGUCUCUUUCGGGGAAAAGGUUAAUUCGUCAAAAGUCUCUUUCGGGGAAAAGGUUAAUUCGUCGAAAGUCUUUUUCGGGGAAAAGGUUAAUUCGUCAAAAGUCUCUUUCGGGAAAAAGGUUAAUUCGUCAAAAGUCUCUUUCGGGGAAAAGGUUAAUUCGUCAAAAGUCUCUUUCGGGGAAAAGGUUAAUUCGUCGAAAGUCGAUUUCGGGGAAAAGGUUAAUUCGUCAAAAGUCUCUUUCGGGGAAAAUGUUAAUUUGUCGAAAGUCUCUUUCGGGGAAAAGGUUAAUUCGUCAAAAGUCUCUUUCGGGGAAAAGGUUAAUCAGUCGAAAGUCUCUUUCGGGGAAAAGGUUAAUUCGUCAAAAGUCUCUUUCGGGGAAAAGUCUCUUUCGGGGAAAAGGUUAAUUUGUCGAAAGUCUCUUUCGGGGAAAAGGUUAAUUCGUCAAAAGUCUCUUUCGGGGAAAAGGUUAAUUUGUCGAAAGUCUCUUUCGGGGAAAAAGGUUAAUUCGUCAAAAGUCUCUUUCGGGGAAAAGGUUAAUUCGUCGAAAGUCUCUUUCGGGGAAAAGGUUAAUUUGUCAAAUAUCUCUUUCGGGGAAAAGGUUAAUUCGUCAAAAGUCACUUUCGGGGAAAAGGUUAAUUCGUCAAAAGUCUCUUUCGGGGAAAAGGUUAAUUCGUCAAAAGUCUCUUUCGGGGAAAAGGUUAAUUCGUCAAAUUCUCUAUCGGGGAAAAGGUUAAUUCGUCAAAAGUCUCUUUCGGGGAAAAGGUUAAUUCGUCAAAAGUCUCUUUCGGGGAAAAGGUUAAUUUGUCGAAAGUCUCUUUCGGGGAAAAGGUUAAUUCGUCAAAAGUCUCUUUCGGGGAAAAGGUUAAUUCGUCAAAAGUCUCUUUCGGGGAAAAGGUUAAUUCGUCGAAAGUCUCUUUCGGGGAAAAGGUUAAUUCGUCAAAAGUCUCUUUCGGGGAAAAGGUUAAUUCGUCAAAAGUCUCUUUCGGGGAAAAGGUUAAUUCGUCAAAAGUCUCUUUCGGGUAAAAGGUUAAUUUGUCGAAAGUCUCUUUCGGGGAAAAGGUUAAUUCGUCAAAAGUCUCUUUCGGGGAAAAGGUUAAUUUGUCGAAAGUCUCUUUCGGGGAAAAGGUUAAUUCGUCAAAAGUCUCUUUCGGGGAAAAGGUUAAUUCGUCGAAAGUCUCUUUCGGGGAAAAGGUUAAUUUGUCAAAUAUCUCUUUCGGGGAAAAGGUUAAUUCGUCGAAAGUCUCUUUCGGGGAAAAGGUUAAUUCGUCAAAAGUCUCUUUCGGGGAAAAGGUUAAUUCGUCAAAAGUCUCUUUCGGGGAAAAGGUUAAUUUGUCGAAAGUCUCUUUCGGGGAAAAGGUUAAUUCGUCAAAAGUCUCUUUCGGGGGAAAAGGUUAAUUCGUCAAAAGUCUCUUUCAGGGGAAAAGGCUACCCGGACGAUUAUAUCUUUCGAUGCCUCCGACAGUUUACCCAGACGAUUAUAUCAUUCCAUGCCUCUGACAGGUUACCCGGACGAUUAUAUCUGUCCAUGCCUCCGACAGGUUACAUGGACGAUUAUAUCUUUCCAUGCCUCCGACAAAUUACCCGGACGAUUAUAUACUUCUAUGCCCCCGACAGGUUACCUGGAUGGUUAUAUCCUUCCAUGCCUCCGACAGGUUACCCGCACGAUUAUAUCUUUCGAUGCCUCCGACAUGUUACCUUGACGAUUAUAUUUGUCCAUGCCUCCGACAGGUUACGUGGACGAUUAUAUCCUUCCAUGCCUCCGACAGUUUACCCGGACGAUUAUAUCCUUCCAUGCCUCCGACAGGUUACCCGGACGAUUAUAUCUGACCAUGCCUCCGACAGGUUACCCGGACGAUUAUAUCUUUCGAUGCCUCCGACAGGUUACCUGGAUGAUUAUAUCUUUCCAUUCCCUCCGACAGGUUGCCUGGACGAUUAUAUCCUUCCAUGCUUCCGACAGGUCACCCGGACGAUUAUAUCCUUCCAUGCCUCCGACAGUUCACCCACACGAUUAUAUCUUUCGAUGCCUCUGACAGGUUACCUGAAUGAUUAUAUCCUUCCAUGUCUCCGACAGGUUACCCGGACGAUUAUAUCUGACCAUGCCUCCGACAGGUUACCCGGACGAUUAUACCUUUCGAUGCCUCCGACAGGUUACCUGGAUGAUUAUAUCUUUCCAUUCCCUCCGACAGGUUACCUGGACGAUUUUAUCUGGCCAUGCAUCCGACAGGUCACCCGGACGAUUAUAUCCUUCCAUGCCUCCGACAGGUUACCCGGACGAUUAUAA